CAAGAUGUAGUAUGAUUCUCGGUUAUUCGGAAAAAUACAAUGCAGCUGUUUCUUUGUAUAUCAAUUGUAACACUGAAGAAAAUGUAUGGGAUCGUUCUUAAUAAUCCACUGUUUCUCCCCCUUGAAACAGGUCAGAACAUUAAAGAGAGAAGAUUUGUGGAAGCUGUCAAUGUAAAAGAAUACCAGUAUGAAUCUGGAGCCAUUCCAACAGAGUGGGAAGCAUGGAUGAAAAAAAGAAGAAGUGAUCCACCUACAGUUGAGGAAUGUAUCCAGAGUGAGAACUACAAACAAGAAAUGAAAGCUAAAGUUGAAGAUUUGUGUGAAAAAAACAGACUCCUGCAGGUCAAAGAUUAUGAAGAGGGUCUCGAGGUAGGACCACUUCAAACGCAGAUUAAAGGACAUGCAUCUGCUUCUAACUAUAGAAAGCCCGAACGCUCAGAAGACCCAAUUAGUACAGCCAGUACAUUUCAGCCUGGAGCCUGGAUGCCUCCUGUCCGUGACAAAUAAAAGGCCCAUGCAAAGCAUCAGGAAAGAGGCACAAUUUGAUUAAUGAGCAACAGGAGCAAAGACACUUUUUAGAAUUCCAAACUACAUUGUAAAAGCUUAGCAUUUUCUGCUGUGUUACUUGUGGAAAUGUUUAAUUGCUUUUAUAAAAUGUCCUACCUCUUAAUUCUUUUGCCUCUUAAAAUGAUUUGAUAAUGUUUUCACUAAAGUUAUACUUAAAUAAAAUUAGUGUUGCCGUAAACAUUGCAGAUGGUGUAGCUAUUCUUAACUUGAUAUACUAUAUAAUGGACUAUAUAUAUUCUGUUAAUUAAUGUUUAAAAAGUCUACUGCAUAUGUGCUGUGUGCUGUGCAUGCAGAUGUUCUCUUUAAAGGCCUGUCAAGCUAUCAUGAACUUGUAACACUCUCAGACUCCAAGCUGCUAAAUGAUGAAAGUUACUCAUUCACAUGAGUUCACAGCUUCUCCUAACGUAUUAAAAAAAUGGCUUGUUCGUGGAAGUGGACCCAAAAUGUUGUUUAUAAAAAGCAAGCAAUGCUGUAAUUAUUUCAUUUGCUAAUUGUCUCUAACUAGAUUUAGACAAGGUUCCAAAUGUCACUAAAUACAAUGUAUAAUUAUUUAGAAAGGGACAUAUUACAGUUAAAAACGUCUCACUGUAAAUAAAUGUCAGCAUUUGUGCAAGUUAACAAAGCUAAUUUUAACAUUGUUUAUUUAGACUGGAAAUUUAAAUUAAUGUUUCAUAGUUUAACAAGUCAAUAGCAAUGUGCAAUGAUGAAUAUAUUUAAAUGUCCUAUACAUUUUGUUUAAAAUGCAUAUUUGUACUUGGCAUCCUUUGCAUCAGGAGAUGCAGUUACUGGUAGAUGAAGUUAUUAGCUUCCUAUCCUACAUAAACCCUAACUUUAUUAACUUAACAUCAGUAAGCCAAUGUUGACUUAGUGGCUAUUAUUAUUUCACCAAACCAAUGUGAUAAAUAAGCUUCCUCUUUUAUGGUUAUAUUUACAAGUAACUGGAUCUAAAGAAAUAAGACUUCAAAAUAUGACUUAAGAUUUUCACAGAUGAUCCUAAGAAGCCUUGGCUUUUGAAGAGCUGAAACAAGCAGGACUUGACUAGAAAUAUAUAAAGGAACUGCAUAGUGCUAGUUAUUUGUCUGCCAGGCAUGAGUUGUUGCCUUCAAAGGCAAGGUACUGACUUCAGAUUUAAUAGGGAACUAUAAUUUAGUUUAGAAUGAGAAGCUUCUAAUAGCAACUUUGUGAAAGCAGUCAAAGGAGCUUGCUGUAGGGAGAAUGAUGCUUGCCAUUUUGUCUAACUGACAGAGAUUCCCUAAAUCUUGCCCUCAGUCUGCUUUUGCUGAACUAAUAAACAUGUGAGAACAUUUAUAGCCACUGACACUGGUGGUUAUAAAUAUGAGACUAGUGGUCAUCUACAUUCAGCUGGGAAACAUUCACUUUUGCUUUGUCCUCACUGAUGUAGCCAUCAGGAAUAUAAUAUAGCACCAAAUGAGAAACUAUUAUCCAACAGCUAUGGUUGUGCGUGGACUAUUCCAGUAAUCAUAUUUCAUGUUCUUUUCCAAAUAUUUUGUAGAUAAGGUUGCUAUCAUUUACAUUUAACAAGGAGGGUGGAUAGAGUCCCUUGAAUGAUAAUUUAAGCUACCAUGGAUUCCAUAAUUGAGACAAUUUGGUUCUUACAAAUCAUUACCCCAAUAUAUGUUGAAAAUACUGGUUUUCACUAUGAAAUCAGGAUUCCUUGCA